AUGUGCCCUCAUUCGAGCUGCGCCUUUCCGGAUUUCUAUCGGUAUAUAGGGCGGGCGUCAAGAGCUCAUGCCGAUCGAAGAACAUUCUCAAGCUCAGUCUCUGCGCUCCCGGUUCGUACGUGUCGACGUUGCCUUAUCCUCGUCACUGGCAAGGCUGCGAUAACGCCCAUCCUGGACGAGCAACUACUCGCCUAUGCUGAGCGCUGCAAAGGGAAGGUCGUUCUCAUCACCGGUAACAUCUAUGACUUAAGUUAUGUUUCGACUUCGCUGACGCCGCCUAUUAGCGCAAUCGUCGUCAUCGGAGACGUCGAUGUCGCUAGUGCUGAAGCAGUUGUUUCUGAAGUCCAGCGCGCUCGAGGGCAGGCAGCGUUCAAGCCGUGCGAUGUACUCUCUUGUGAUGACCAGGUUGCGCUCUUCGACUUCGCAAUCGAGCGAUACGGGUCUGUUGAUAUAGUAAUUCCGAACGCAGGUGUCAGCGAGAUAGGCCGCUUCUCUCUCCCGACCUUGUCAGCAGGACCCAAUCCUCGCCAGCUGAAGCCAAACCUGAAGACAUUGGAUAUCAAUUUGACUAGCGUGCUUUACACGGUCAAUCUCGCUCAGCAUUACCUGAAUGUCAACAGGAUUCCGGGUUCUGGUAUAGCAUCAAUGGCAUCCUGGGCGGCCCUUUCCGGAGGUCCGCUGUAUAGCGUGGCGAAGCAUGGCUUACUUGGUCUGAUGCGCUCGUUCGCUCCCGUAUAUGCGAAGGAGAGCAUGAGAAUAUCAAGCAUUCACCCCUGGUUCGCAGACACAAAUGUCCUUAGCACUCCAUUGAAGGUUACGUUAGCAGGAAUUCCCUUGACCCCCGUCGGUCGAAUAGCAGGCGAGUGUGCAAUCGUAUAUACUGCUACGGAUCCGAACCCGUCGACAAACGGAUGUCCGUGGUUACUACCGGAUGACGGUCCCCUCGUCCUUCUCGAGCAAGAAAGGCUUCGAGAGGGUGUACAUCAAUUACUGAACGAUCGCUGGAUGAGGGUCGUUCGGUGA